CUCAACGAAAAUACCUAUUCCAAGGUCAAUCAACAUGUCUGAAUCACUUCUCUUCAAGGGUACCCUCACCGGUCACGGCGGUUGGAUCACCGCCAUCGCCACCUCGGCUGAAAAUCCCGACAUGAUCUUGACCGCUUCCAGGGAUAAGACGAUCAUUGUUUGGCAGUUAAGCCGGGAAGACGGUAACUACGGAUUCCCCAAGAGAAUUUUACAUGGACACAAUCACUUCGUCUCCGAUAUUGUCAUCUCUUCCGACGGACAAUUCGCUCUUUCGUCUUCAUGGGACAAGACCCUCAGACUUUGGGACCUGAACACCGGUCUCACCACCCGAAAAUUUGUUGGCCACGAAAAGGAUGUCCUCUCCGUCUCUUUCAGCGCUGACAACCGACAGAUUGUCUCUGGCUCCCGAGACCGUACCAUCAAGCUCUGGAACACCCUCGGUGAAUGCAAAUACGAGAUCAAAGAUGAAGGCCACACCGGCUGGGUGUCUUGCGUCCGAUUCUCGCCAAACCCCAUGAACCCAGUCAUUGUUUCAGCUGGAUGGGACAAGGUUGUCAAGGUCUGGGAGCUUUCCAAGUGCAAGUUACGUACUAACCACCACGGUCACACCGGUUACCUUAACACUGUCACCGUUUCACCCGAUGGAUCUCUCUGUGCUUCAGGUGGCAAGGACGGAAUCACCAUGCUUUGGGAUCUCAACGAGGGCAAGCACCUCUACUCCCUCGAAGCCGGUGACAUCAUCAACGCCCUCACCUUCUCCCCUAACCGAUACUGGCUCUGUGCCGCCACUGCCUCCUGCAUCAAGAUCUUUGACCUUGAGAGCAAGAGCAUUGUUGACGAAAUCAAACCUGACUUCACCGAGAUUGACUCCAAGAAGGCCAAGAUUCCCGAGUGUACUUCAUUGGCAUGGAGCUCAGAAGGCGGUACUCUUUUUGCUGGUUACACUGACGAUGUUGUUCGUGUUUACGCUGUUAUGGCUUAAGAAAUGCAAUCUUGUGG